GGUUUGAUUUUCAGGAAUGUUUGUUCUUAGUUCUUUAAAAGAUAUAGCAAAAGUGGAAUCUCGGAAAUUCGCUCAAGAUCAGUUAAGUGUCGUUUCAACAAUUCUAGAAAAUAAGUUUGCGAAUAAAGUCGUAGUUAAUUUAGGCCUAUGCAUUUGCCUUUUCGAUGUAACAGGCGUUGAGGACUCGUAUAUUCUUGCCGGAGAGGGAGGUUAUCAUGUCAGAGUGCACUUUCGAUAUGUUGUCUUUCGACCAUUUAUGAAUGAAGUCAUUGUAGGAAAAGUAAAGUCAUCGGGAACUGAUGGAAUUCAUGUCUCACUUGGUUUCUUUGAAGACAUCUUAAUUCCACCAGAUAAAAUGAGACCGAUGACUACACUGGGUGAUGAUCAUUUGUGGAUUUGGCAUUACGACACAGAUGCUGGCAGAGCUGAUUUGCAUUUCGAUCUGGACGAACAAAUACGUUUCAAAGUUAUUGAUGAAAUUUUCACAGAAGUUGGGCCUCCGUCAACGAAUCCCGAGCCGGGAAAGGAGCAAAUACCAUACAAGUUAAUUGGAAGCAUUGAUGAUGAUGGCUUAGGUUUGCUAAAGUGGUGGUCUUGAUUUUUUUUGAUUAAAACAUGCUGUCUCAAAUGUUUGUUAUUUGUUUUAUUUGCCGAUUCUUGUUCAUAUCUCCAGAGUUAACCAUUCUGAAUUGGAAUAGGAUAGAGUAUCAAAUCUUAA